GACACACAAAUACAUUUAAAAUGACUGGAUUCUGGUUUUCAGUGAUGGUCUUUAGCAUGAUGUGCCAAUCUGGUAGACGCUGGGUUACUGCACAAUGCCCAGCUCUAGAUGUUUAUCAGUCUGAUGAAAAGCUCAGUGUGGAUAUCGGUAACUCGGCUACUCUCCAGUGUUGUGUUUUCGGGAUAGACGACGAAGAAAUGAUCUGGUUUAAGCAACAAAACAGAAAACAGCCUCAGAUUAUAGUCAGAUUCUUUAAAACUGCUCGGGAAACGUUUUACAGUGAAUUCCAAAAUCCUCGUUUCCGAAUAAAAAAACAUGGAAACUGCUUCAAUAUGACCAUUUCAAACACCACGAUGUCUGAUGAAGCCACGUACUACUGUGCACUCGUGUUUGCAGACGGGACUUAUUUAAAAAUUAAAGGUGAGCAUGUUACUACUGCAUCAGAAACAUCUAAACCAGCUCUGUGUGAUAAAACACUGCAUGGUAAAGUCACGAACACACAAGAGAAGACAGUGCUCGGUUUGGGAACGGCUUUGGGUUUGUGCGCACUUCUGAUUUUCUGUCUCACUUAUUUCAUACUGAGGAGAAGAAAAUGUGAUAAAGUGAAUGCUUCAAUAGAAGAUUCUUCAGGAACGAUGGAGAAAUCUCAUGUUGACUCUUUGACUUAUGCUGCCUUGAGAUUUUCCAAGAAGGGAAGUGAAGUUUGCUUAUCAGAGAAGUUGGUGUACACUGAAGUGAUGUAUGAGAAACUGUAAUAUAUUACGCAACUGGUUCUUCCUCUUCUUCUUCUUCUCCUUCUUCUUCUUCGGAUUAUUAUUAUUAUUAUUAUUAUUAUUAUUAUUAUUAUUAUUAUUAUUAUUAUUAUUAUGAUUAUUGUUGUUG